AUGAACAUAAUGGAAGAUAGCCAUUUCUUGGCUAGCAUCACGAAGCAGAGUGCUUUGUGUUGUGAACUGAAGUAUGACUUAUCCUGUGAGCUCUACAGAAUAUCGACGUUUUCUACUUUCCCCACUAACGUGCCGGUGUCGGAACGGAGUCUUGCCCGAGCUGGGUUUUAUUACACUGGAGUGCAAGAUCAAGUGAAGUGCUUCAGUUGUGACUUAACUUUGGACAACUGGCAACCGGGAGAUAAUGCGAUGGAAAAACACAAACAGCUGUAUCCUAGCUGCAGUUUUGUUCAAAACGUGCUUUCAGCUAACAACCUCGGGCUGUCCUCUCGGUCUGCCUUUUCACCUCUGGUCACAAGCAGUCUCUCGCCAUCUCUGCAGUCCAUAACGCUUUCUCCAAGUUUAGAACAAGUUGGAUAUUUCAGUGGCUCUUUUUCCAGUUUUCCUCAAGAUCCAGUAACUACUAGGGCAGUUGAAGACAUUUCAUUCUUGAGACCUAAACUUCACAAUCCUUCGAUGAGUACAGAAGAUGCUAGACUACGCACUUUUCACUCAUGGCCACUCACGUUUCUCUCACCCGCUGAUCUGGCAAAGGCUGGGCUUUAUUACUUGGGGACAGCAGACAAAGUUGCUUGUUUCACCUGUGGCGGUCAGCUGAGUAACUGGGAACCCAAAGAUAAUGCUGUGUCAGAGCAUCGGAGACACUUCCCUACCUGCGCUUUUGUGGAAAACCUUACCCGAGACCAGCUGAAUUUCAGUGUUUCAAAUGUGAGCAUGCAAACCCACGAAGCACGUGUCAAAACAUUCAUCAAUUGGCCAAGCAGAAUCCCCGUUCAGCCCGAACAGCUUGCAGAUGCUGGCUUUUACUACGUAGGCCGCAAUGAUGAUGUUAAGUGUUUUUGUUGUGAUGGUGGGUUAAGGUGCUGGGAAUCUGGAGAUGAUCCAUGGAUUGAGCAUGCAAAGUGGUUUCCAAGGUGUGAGUAUCUGCUUCGUGUAAGAGGAGGAGAAUUUGUAAGUCAAGUUCAGGCCAGGUUCCCUCAUCUUCUUGAACAGCUCUUGUCAACGUCUGAUACGCCUGUAGAUGAUCCACCAAUUAUUCAUUUUGAACCUGGAGAGAAUCAUUCAGAAGAUGCGAUCAUGAUGAACACACCUGUGGUUAAAGCUGCCUUGGAGAUGGGAUUCAGUAGAAGGUUAAUAAAACAAACAGUGCAGAGUAAAAUCUUGGCCACUGGAGAAAACUACAAAACUGUGAAUGAUCUUGUGUCUGAUCUGCUCACUGCGGAAGAUGAGAAGAGGGAAGAAGAGAAAGAGAAGCAGUUUGAAGAAGUGGCAUCAGAUGAUUUGUCCUUAAUCCGGAAGAAUCGAAUGGCUUUAUUCCAACGUUUAACGUGUGUACUUCCAAUCCUCGGGAGUUUGCUGUCAGCUAAUGUCAUAACAGAACCGGAGCAUGAUGUUAUUAAGCAAAAGACUCAGACAUCACUGCAAGCAAGGGAACUGAUAGAUACAGUUUUAGUGAAAGGAAAUGAAGCAGCCAGCAUAUUUAGAAACUGUCUGCGAGAUUGUGACCCUGUGCUCUACAAAGAUUUAUUUGUGGAGAAGAACAUGAAAUAUAUUCCCACAGAAGAUGUUUCAGGUUUACCCAUGGAAGAACAAUUAAGAAGGCUGCAAGAGGAAAGAACAUGUAAAGUUUGCAUGGACAGAGAAGUUUGUAUUGUUUUCAUUCCAUGCGGUCACUUAGUGGUGUGCAAAGAAUGCGCCCCCUCCCUCAGAAAAUGCCCUAUUUGCAGGGGGACAAUAAAGGGCACAGUUCGUACAUUUCUUUCGUGAAGUGGGAAACCUGCAAAAUGUCUUUGUUCCUGUUAUCCUCCAGCUGCUGAAAUUUAAGCCAGCAAUGUCUUCAAAAUGGAAAA